AUGUCGGUCCCUGGCCUCGACAGCGCGUCGCAAGCGCAGUCCGCCAACGGCUCCACCUCCAACUAUGACCUGCUGCUGCCUCUGCAGGGUCGCAUCCGACCGCGCCGUCUACACCUGUCAGCAUUCACUCCAGAGACACACGAAGGAAGCGUGCUGGCGUACCUGGGCAUUCCCUUCGCUCAGGCACCGAUAGGCGAACGUCGCUGGCAAGUGCCUCAAGGCCCUUUGCCGAGCUGGUCUGCAACGAGGGCCUCGAAAUGGCAGUCGGACCCACAUCAAGACUUUGCUUCAAUGGAGGGCAUGUACAAGGGUCGAAAGAAUGCCAAGACAGCGAUACCACGAAGCGAGAACUGCCUCUACCUCAACGUGUGGGCGCCAGAGACGGUCGACGAUGCCAAGAGACCCGUGCUGGUGUGGAUCUAUGGCGGGGCCUUCUCGGUCGGCAACUGUUCUCGACCCUUGCACGAUGGGGCGAGGUUGGCGCACGAGAGCGGCUGCAUUGUCGUCUCGCUGACAUAUCGAGUUGGCGCGAUGGGUUUUCUCGGAUCACGAACCCUGGCUAACAGCGCAGCGGGAGAGUGGCCGCUAGUGACGCUCGAGGCACUGCGGAGCAAGCCCUCGGCCAGCGACAGUAUCGGCGUGGGUGCGGGCAACUGGGGCCUCUGGGAUCUUGUGAGUGGCUUGCUUUGGGUGCAGAACUCCAUCUCGGUCUUUGGCGGCGAUGCCAACAAUGUCACGGUCUUCGGCGAAAGCGCAGGGAGCAUCGCCAUCCACUACCUUCUCUUGUCGCCCUGCGUCCCUGAGGGUGUCUUCCACAAGGCGAUUCUCGAGAGCGGUGUGGUGGCUACUCUCGUUCCGCGCACGACACAGGCAGUGCAGGCGACGUGGGACUUUCUCGUUCGCUCGCUAUGUCCUCACCAUCUUCAGGAUGACGAGGCGGCGCAGCUCGAGUAUUUGCGGACACGAGUCAGUGCCGACGACAUUGCUACGUGCUUGCGACCCUUGGUAGGCAAACGACCCCGAUCCGAAUACACGCCGACGCUGUCCGAGCUGCAGCGCUUGCCUCAAGCCCGAGAAGACCUGCAAACCGAGGCGUUUGGUGUGACCGACCAGUGGGGCCCUGUAUGGGACGGUGUCUUUGUAGAUGCCGACUUUGUCGAGCGGGCAUUCACUCCACUUCCCCCUAGAAGCAAGCUCCGGAACGGUCGAAGCGGCAUCGCGGUCGGCAUGUGUGCAGAUGAAGGCACGAUGUUCAACUUCCUGAUCGCCACUGCGCAGUCGCUGGCAGCUCAUCAGGACCUCUUCCAUCCUGCCCUGUCGUCCGAUCUGGGCCGCGUCUAUGGCUUCGACACUCGCGAACUGAAGACAAUCAAGGCAAGUGGAAGCGAAAAGGCGCGACGGGACCAGCAAGCGUUCUACACCUGCGCCACCUAUACCGGAGACACGCAGUUCACCGCCCCAAUUCUGGACUACAUGGCCAUGCACAGCGGACUAUCGGCCCAAGCAGAGCACGUCGACGUGUAUGGCUACCUCUUGGCGUACAGACCGUCAUCAAGAAUGCUCGAGGCGCUGACUGUGGUGCCCGAGAUGACGGAAGAGUGGGCCGCUUUCCACACGCUCGAUAUCCCGUUCGUGUUCGGAUUGGUUGGCUCGCCUGACGUCGACGGUCAUGCUUUUGUGUCCGAGAUGUCGGAGUAUGGCGUCGAUCCGGAUGAGGAUGAUGGUAGCAAGAUGGCGCCUGGAACAGCACCGCCGACGGCUUCGAAGGGGAUGACCAAGGCAGAGAGGGAGCUCAGCCUGUACAUGAUGCGAACGUGGACCACCUUGGCACGGUUGCCAACGACGGAAGACGGUGGUCGGGAAGGGGUCAAACUACCUGAUGGGUCGACCUGGCUUCCCCUCCGCUCUUAUAGGGCAGAUUCAGAAGACCCAGCCUCGAUUGACAACAUUCAUCUUCUCGCUAUCGGCGAUGCUCCGCAAGCGCCCGUAAAGGUACGAGCAAGACCGGCGGAUGAGCCGAUCCGUGUCUACCAGACUGCGCUCUCACAGCAUCCCUUUGCUCAGCAGCGACCUGUCGCCGGUGAAGCCAGUAGCCUGCAAGAGCGAGUCGAUUUCUGGAUGCACAAGCCCAUCACCGGCACAGCGGCCAAGUCGGACGCUUCCGAGGGUGACAAAGACCAGCUUCGGAUGUGCCGAUAUCUCCAGAACUACUACGGAUUUUUGUCCACGCCGCCUCGCUUCAUAUCCUGGUCAGCGGCCUAG